AUGAGGAGGAAAAAGAUUCAAUUGCUGGGAUUCUUUGGCAUGACCGUGUCGAUGUGUGUGCUGGCGACUUGGUACAACUACUGGCUUCGGCACUACGUUGGGUUUCCGGUGUUCUACGGAUUGACUUUCUUUUUUGCGAAUUUCGGGCCCAAUGCGACAACGUUUGUGGUUCCGGCGGAGAUAUUCCCGGCGAGGCUGCGGUCGAUGUGUCACGGGAUAUCGGCGGCGGCGGGGAAGGCCGGGGCAAUCGUGGGCGCGUUCGAGUUCUUGUACGCGUCGCAGCCGAAGGAUCCGGCGAAGGUGGACAAGGGGUACAGCCCGGGGAUUGGGAUGCAGGGGUCGUUGUUUGUGAUGGCGGGUAUCAAUUUACUGGGGAUUCUGUUCACGUUGUUGGUGCCGGAGUCAAACGGGAAGUCGCUGGAGGAGCUGUCCGAGGAGACUGAAGCAGAGGAACCGGCGGGGACUGCCGGUGAUGAUGUCAAGGAGGAAGUAGGGACUGCCUCUGCAACCAGGGAUGACAGUACCGUCUAG